AUCAUUCGUACCAACACUAUCCUGGAUGCGGAAUCAUUCGCUACGGAGUCAGGUGGCUGUUGGCUUAUUGUUCAGGCCUUGGAAGUCCCUUAUGGCCAUUCAGGCCAGCACUUUACGCCUCUUAAUUACAGCAUCUCUCAGCUUGUUGUCUCAACUGAGACUGCUGGUCCCCUUAAAGCUAUAGCUGAGGUUUUCAUUCAGAUCAUAGAUGUCAAUGACAAUUAUCCAAUGCCCCUUGCACCCGAAUAUCGCUACUUUAUUCCAGAAAAUCUUCCAUAUGGACACCAUGUUGCACAAGUCUUGGGUCAUGAUUUUGACUCAAUUCAUUACAGCGAUGAACACCUCACAUAUGCUAUAGUCGAAGGGGAUCCAGAUGAAAAUUUUGAGAUAAACCCCCGAACUGGUUAG